AGUUUGCCUGUCGAGAUAUAUGCUGAAUGCUCAUUGUGGCAGUUAAUAGAGUGAGUUGAUAUCGUGGUUAAGCUUCCAUUACUCGAAUAGAAAAGAACAGCGAGAAUCACGUAAAGAAGAAGAAGCUAGAUAUUGGAAUUUCCCAUUACUUCCCAAAUUCAACUUUCCCAGUGAUGAGUUUCCGUCGCCGGUCACUAUAAUUCCGUCCGGUUCUCCGAUCAAGCUCCAUUCCAUGGCGGGAACAGCCUCCAAGAUGGAUCCUAUCUCUCGUCUCCCUCUCCCUCUUUUAGGAUCCGAGCCGAUCCCUUCAGCCCCGAAUAGAUUCGACCCCCCUGGUUCCUCCAUCGAUUGGAUUCCAGACUUUGCCGGCUAUGCGUGGGUCGCUUAUGGAGCCUCAUCUCUUCUGGUGAUCUCUCAUUUCCCUUCUCCUCUAUCUCCCGAAGAAACCAAAAUCGGACCCAUAUUUCGGCAGGUACUGGAGCUCUCCGGCGACGACUUAUCGGCUGUCAAUGCCGUAUCUUGGUCUCCCGUAUUUCCGUCGGAGGGCGAGCUUGCUGCAGCCGCGGGCAACCGGAUAGGGGUGUUUUCUCAUGAUUCGGGUGCUUCUCGAGGUUCUUUUUGUUGGAGGCAGAAUUCAGUGCUUGUGCAAUCUCUGAAGGUCGAGGCCAUUCAGUGGACGGGUGCAGGAGAUGGAAUUAUUGCUUGUGGAGUAGAGGUUGUUUUGUGGAAAAACACUAACAAAUCCUGGGAAAUAGCUUGGAAGUUCAAACCGGAUGUACCCCAAACUCUUGUUUCCGCAAGCUGGUCUACUGAGGGGCCGCUUGCAACGGCACCUCAUUCUAGGAUCUCGAAGAUGGAGAGCAAGUUAACUGAAAAAGCUUGCAGAUCUGUGCUGGUAAUUCAGAGUGAAGGGGAAUAUGGGUAUGUAAGAAGUGAGUUAUGCCAUCCUCUACCCAUAACUGCAAUUCAAUGGAGGCCUUCAGUUAAUGGGCCUGAAAUCGCCAAGCAUACACCAAGACAUGUGCUUCUGACAUGCUGCUUGGAUGGAACUGUGAGAUUGUGGAGUGAGACUGAAAAUGGAAAGGUCAGAAAAUUUAGUAAGGAUGUAAAUAAUAAAAAGUCGAUGAGAAGGCAUUUUUCUGUUGCUGCUGUUGUGGAGAUGAAUCAGGCACUGAAUGGAACUCUUGGCAUGGAUUUGUUCGUAACAUGGGCAACCGAGAUUAAAGGUAUGUGCGAAGCUUUUGAAGUAACUAAGAAAGUUCAAUCCUCAGUAGGAUUCGAACAAAACAGGGCUGGAAACUGUGAGUGGCUAAUAAGUUUGGGUCCAGGAUCAUUGGUUACCUUUUGGGCUGUCCAUUGUCUUGAUGACGUAUCCCCGUUAAGAUUCCCUCGAGUCACAUUAUGGAAGAAGCAAGAACUCAAAGGAUGUGAAGUGGGACGUCAUUACAUUGAAGGUUGUACAAACUUGAGUAACAAGUUUCUCCUCAAGAAAGUUGUAAUCUCAAGGGUUCAUCUGUCUGGUUCCCCAAGUAUGUGUUCUUUGAUUCAGUUAUUGCCGUGUAAUUCCUUGGUGUGGUCAUUUUUAUCUGCUCACACAUCAGCUGACGCAGGGGAUGCAUCCUUUGACCAAAAAAGGUUAGAAAAUUUAUUCUCAUGUUCAUCUACUAGUCAACUGAAUUUAAGUGGUCACACUGGAAAAAUCUUACACGUUGCUGUCCAUCCAUACAACUGUGAGGUCAAAAUAGCUGCUUCCUUGGAUUCUAAAGGCUUGCUUCUUUUCUGGUCACUAUCUAGUAUCUCCAACUGCGUCGUAGGUCCUCCAACACUUACUCCAACCUGGGAACUUUGUGGAAAACUUGUAACUCAAGAUUCAUGCUCCAAAUAUACAAGUGUACGGUGGGCACCAUCAAUAUUGGAUGAAGAACUGAUUUUUCUCAUGGGACAUGCAAGAGGAAUUGAUUUUUUUGUUGUCAGUAUUAGCCAAAGUGAUGAAGAAAAUACUGAAUGUCACUACUUAUGUACCAUACCUUUCACUGGUCAUGGUCCUUUUGAGAAUGGUCCAACUAAUAUAUUUUCCAUUCCGUUGCCUUCUUAUUGUAAUAUAACAUAUAAAUUCAAUAAAUUUAUGUUAUUGGGGGUAUGGAUAAAAGGAUUUCAGGCAUUAUCAUGGGAAAUCACCCUACAUGCUUAUGAUAUAUCUGGGACUGGAAUACAUUGCAAUUGUGAUAUUGAUAAUGAAAAUAAAGCUGAUCUCAGCACGUUGACAUUUGAAAGUGCUUUUGGAAGCAAAAAAUAUUGUGUUAGUAUAAUCCCUUGCUCAUCACAGUUACCCAAUUCUCAAAUCCAUGAUCAGAUUACAAGUUUUGCUGUAGUGCACCAAGGAACUUUUGUUCCUGUGCAACAAAAAUUAGCUUCAUCAGGUGAACCAUAUACCCCUGCAUAUAUUAUGGCUACUGGCUCUGCUGAUGGUAGUUUGAAACUUUGGAGAAGUAAUGUAGGCAAACCAUCAAUCUUCCAUGUGCCAUGGGAGCUUGUCUGUGCCGUUGUCACACAUCAAGGCCCCCUUGCUGGUUUGUGUCUGACUGAUUGUGGUCGAAAGAUUGCAACAAUUAGCAAGGACAACCAUAAACCUAAUACCAAAAAUGUUCAUUUAUGGGAGCUUGCAUACCUUGGUGCAGGGACCCUUUUGUUUGAAGAUGAACUGUCCUUUGAAAGCAAUAUUGUUGCAGUGGACUGGCUAGCUUUAGGAAAUGGUCAGUUCUUACUUGGAAUUUGUUUGCAGAAUGAAUUGUGUGUGUACUCCCCGAAGCGUUUUGGCGGUCACACCUUGUCAGGCAUCACAAAAUCCGAUAUCAAGACUUGGAUCUGCAUUGGGGUUGCUCGUACUCUUCCUUCUAACUGUGGCUUUCUCUGGGGGCCAAGGACCACAGCGAUAGUUUUACAAGAUCAUUACUUUCGUAUAGUUAGUCCAUGGUUGUUCCUUGUGGAUAAAAACCAUGAUGCUAUGUGCAAUACUCGUUACAUUGGAGAAACUGAAACUCAAUAUGUCAAUGGGACCGAUAUCAACAUUUCUGCUGCUGUUUUUGCUGAUGAAUGUUGCAGUAUCAAAACACUAUCAGAUGAUAGUUAUGAUAGCAAAUGUAGAUCAGGAUUGCUUGGUCUAAUAAGUAUGCCGGAUGUAGUUGAUAAAUUGUGUGGGUCACUGCCGUCUUUUCAUCCUCAGGCCCUCCUUAUUAAUAUAUAUUCAGGCAAGUGGAAACGUGCAUAUUCAGCUUUGAGUCAUCUCAUCGAGCAUCUUUCGUCUGCUAAAAAGAGCUCUGCAAAUUCAACCUUUACUAUUCCAGAGAUCCCUUUGUCAGAUUAUCUUGAAGGAGUUGUGAAAACUUCUACUGAUAAAGGAGUUCAGUGGAGUACAAAUUGCUUAUCUUCCCAGUUUAAGGAAAGUGUUUCACAAUGGGUCUUCAAUUGGGACUCUAUGAAUAAUGACAACUCAUUCAUUCCAUCCUCCACGAAGUCUGAAUUCAGCAGCUUUAUUGAGCCUCUUGAGCAGUUCUAUGAAUUAGCAGGGCUAACCAGCAUGGAGAAGACACAAACUCUAGCAAUUGUAGAUCUUCUAGGUGAAAUCAGUAACAAAUCUUCUGCAUCUGUUUAUGAAAGUCUUGACGAGCCCGGGCGAAGGUAUUGGGUUGCUCUGAGGUUUCAACAAUUGCAGUUUCUUCGACGUGAUGGUAGAUCAGCUUCUCUGGAACAGCUGGCCAUUGACUCAAGAUUGAUUGGAUGGGCCUAUCACUCGGACUGUCAGGAAAUUCUAUUGGAUUCAGUUAGCUCCAACGAACCAACUUGGCAGGAAAUGCAAAGUUUGGGUGUCGGGAUUUGGUUUACUAAUACAACACAGUUGCGAAUAAGGAUGGAGAAACUGGCGAGAUCCCAAUAUCUGAAGAAAAAAGAUCCCAAGGACUGUAUGCUUCUGUAUGUCACACUGAAUAGAAUCCAAGUUUUAGCUGGCCUUUUUAAAAUUAGCAGGGAUGAGAAAGAUAAACCUUUGGUGGGUUUUCUUUCACGCAAUUUUCAGGAGGAGAAAAAUAAGGCAGCAGCUUUGAAGAAUGCCUAUGUUUUAAUGGGGAGACAUCAACUAGAAUUGGCUGUUGCUUUCUUUCUGCUUGGUGGUGAUACUUCUUCUGCUGUUAGUGUCUGUGCAAAAAAUCUUGGGGAUGAGCAGCUUGCACUGGUAAUUUGUCAUCUAGUUGAAGGGCGUGGUGGACCUCUUCAGCAACACCUAAUUACAAAGUUUAUGCUUCCAUCCGCCAUUGAGAAGGGUGACACUUGGCUUGCAAGUAUUCUUGAGUGGGAAUUAGGAAACUACUCUCAAUCCUUCCUGAAUGUGCUUGGUUUGGAGUCAAAUUCCCUAACCGGGAUACCGUUUCUUUCAAGUAAACAUAUUGCUUUACUAGACCCAAGCGUUGGUAUGUACUGUCUACUGUUAGCAACCAAAACUAGCAUGAAGAAAGCAGUUGGAGAGCAAUCUACUGAGGUCCUUUGCCAGCUCGCAACCUUGAUGAUGGCUACUGCUUUGAACAGAUGUGGUCUUCCUCUUGAAGCUUUGGAACACAUGUCAACCUGUGGGAGCAUUAAUGAAGUUUCUGAUGGGAUUAAUGGGGUUGAUAUUCAGAGUUUUGAGACUAUAAGCAAAAUCUGUCAGAAAUCUCCCAGAGAAUCCUCCAGUUGGAUCUCUAUUGAAUUAGCAGUUCAUCUCGAGCAUCGAUCAAAACUAGACUUGGCAGUACAAUACUUCUCAAAAUUGAUACGGAAGCAUCCCAGCUGGCCAACUACAAAUUUAGAAUCUGUUGAAUGCAUGGCUUGCUUGAAGGAAUAUGAGAUGGAUUAUGAGAAAUCUCUUGAAAGUUUUCAGCAUAAGUUAAAUAUGGGGUUUGCACAGUUUGAAAUGAAGUUUUCUUUGCUUCCUGCCUCUCUUGUUAGUAUGAUGUUAGUCUUUCUGUGUAAUCUUGGGCUACAAUUUAUUGGACAUGAUAUAUUUCAUGGAUUUACUUCGCAAGAGUGCCCAGAUGACAAGAACCUGGCGGUUUAUAGUUUCCUCUUGCAUAGUCUCUUGCACAAGGAACUUCUGAAAGCAGCACAAGAAAUUUCAUUUUCAGCUUCACGGUAUGCUAUUGCUUGCAGUUUAUCUUUUCACAGAGGUGAAAUUAGGUCGAAGUGUUUAGAUACUUGGUGGUACUACCUUCAAGGUCUCUUACUAUCAUUACAGGGUGUAAGAGCUGCUUUGAGAACUACACAUGGUUCUCUCAAAAAUGAUCUUGUUUCCAAGAUCCUAAACAUUCUUGAUUUGGUUGAAUAUAACUUGUAUUUCGCAUCUGCUUGGCUACUGAGAGACUCAAAGUGUCUCCUUAUAAUGUUGCAGCCACUCUUGGCUAAUGCACAAUCUCCUCAUGAUGUUGACACGGAACAUCUGAAGCAACUCCUCUCUCAGAUUGGGGAGUUGAUAGCUCAAAAUUUACUGACUGAUGUACAUUAUAGCCAUCAAAUUUUUGAAGGCAUGCCUGAUGAAGAAAGUGAUGAUAUUGUGCAUUCAAUUCCAGGAGAUGAAAGAUGGCACAUAAUUGGGGCUUGUUUGUGGCAUCACAUGUCCAAAUUCAUGAAAUAUAAGCUGGCUACUUUAACUAGUAAAUCUGAAGAGGGUAGUUUCUGUGGUAUCUCUCGUGGGAACGUUGUUUCUUGGGCUUCAAGUCUUACAACCUUUAAAUCUGAUCAGAAAGACAUUUUAAAGUAUCUGAUUGAAUUGAUGUCAACGGGUCUUACUUCUCUACUGACUAUCGUCCUUGCUGAGGCUUCUUCUUAUCAACUAAAACAACUGGUGUCAUUUCUGCAAUAUAAAUUAGAUCAGAGGUUGUGCGUGGCAACCGUUGUUUGGUUUGAACAGUUUAGCCAGUCAUCUAGGCAUGACAAACACCAUACUGAUGAAAUGAAUAAAAUAGAUAUGUGUAACAAAGGGGAAUUUGAAACAUUAUGGAGCAUUACUUCCAAUCCCAAUAUGAUAUCAGAAUGCUUUGCACAUGAAAAAGUUCAUCUGUUGAAUUGUUUUGAUCGUAAACUCUCUGCAAGAUGGAUUGACAUUUAUAAUGCCACCACAAGGCCAGAGGACAGUUAUACUCGUGAAGGUGCACUGAUUAGUAGUUUCACCAGUGAUACCACUGGCUCGCCUUGUAAAUUACUUCGUAAUGGGAGGACACUUGUCAGAUCUGAAAAGGAAUUGGCAACCCUUGAUGAUGCCAUGCCUUUUCAGAAACCUAAAGAGAUAUAUAGGAGGAAUGGAGAGCUUUUAGAGGUAGGCAUUGUGUAUCAACUCUGUUGAUGGAAGACAAGCUGCAAUUGCCAGUAAUAAAAAGAAUCAUUUUGAAGUUGAUGCUUACAGAAUCAUUUUGAAGUUGAUGCUUACAGAAUCAUUUUGGCUUUAACAAUUUAGGGCUUGUAAAAUAGGGUAACUUCCUAUUUAAAAGUUGAGAUUUGAAUCACUAGAAUUCAAAAUGUGCUAAAGAUCAUCAAAAUUCAGGCGGACCCUUGAGUCAUCUUUCGUAUUGUGAUGCUCUGAGUUUUCAGUGAGAUGGAUGACUUGGCAAGUUUUCUGUUUCUUUCAAUUCUGUGCCGUUCUGUUUUGUUAUCUACAAAUCUUAUGUCCUGAUGCUGAGAGUAACUUUGUGGCGAAGGUUUAUAUGCUGUGUGAUUGAAAUCUGUGGAAGAUUUAAUAAACUCAAUAAGAGCCAAUAACUUUUGAUGAGCUCUAAACGAUUUUUUACAGAUGUAUAUGGCAUUCACUUAAUCAGUUUGUGAAAACUUGGUAAAAGUGACCUUUGCAAAUGCAGGAGGCACAGACUUGCAUACUUUUUUUCUUUUCUUUUUUUCCGAAAAAGUAUUAAUGUAGAUAUAGUGCUUAAUGGAUAUUUUUUUUUAAUAAGAAACGAGAGAAUCAGAGAUAUAUUCCAAAAGAAGCAAAGACAACCCAAGGACGGAGGUAGAGGAAAACUCACUUAGAAACUAAACUAUGAGGGCCUUCCAAUUUUUUAUAAUCACGAGGAGGCUAUAAUUACAAAAUAAUUUUGUGUGCAAAUAUAUCUGCCAAGAAUUCGUAUUUUCUACACAAUUACACAAAGCAUCAAAACAGAAAAACUUAUCUUCAAAGGUUCUAGAGUUUCUUUCCUUCCAAAUAUGCCACAAAAGAGCUUUAAAGGCCUAACCCCCCACACUUAAUGCAUAAUAUAUAUUUUUUUUUUGAAAAGGAAACAAUUCAUUAUAUUAAGAAAAAUGUGAGCUAAGGCCCAAAGUACAAGAGGGUUAUACAAUGAGCGAUAUAACAACCAAAGAUCAAACGGAUCAGUAAGCGCACCCGGGCAUCUCAACUAGGCUGACACCCCCUUAGCGCCCUCAUCACAUCCAAGAAAAUAAAUUAAAAUUAAACUUGAAAUAUGAGAAUAGAACAAAACACUACAAGCCCAAACAAUGGCCGAACAAUGGGGGAAAACAAAACAAGACAGUCUGAAAAAACCAAGGAAAACAGCAGACUACUGACGAAGCUAAGAACCACCGCUGGGAAGGGAGAUUAACGCUCUCUAGUUGAGAUUGAAAUCUGAUAAACUGUAGCUAUUAAAAGGCUUGGAGAGGAUACACCAGGAAGAGGCAUGCUGACGGGCGGAUUUGAAGCGGUCUUGGCAACCAAGAGAUUUAUCAUGAAACACCCUUUGAUUUCUUUCAAACCAAAGUUCUGCCAAAAGAGCUUUGACCGCGUUAAACCAAAGUAAACGGCUGGAUUUAUGGAGGUUUGUUCCAACUAAUAGCUGCAGCAAGUUACCCCUGAAAUCAUUGCUCAUAACCCAUGAAAUAUUGAAGAUGGACAGCAACUUCUCCCAACACCAAGUUGAAUAGGAACACGCAAAGAAUAGGUGGAGAGAAUCUUCGUAAGAAUGAAGGCACAAAGGGCAGAUUGAAGGGGAAAUAUAGCUGGAUGUCAAUUUCCUUUGUAAAACCGUGGCUACAUUCAGCUGUCCAUAAAGCAUUAUCCAGACGAGAAUAUUAAUCCUUCGAGGGCUACUUGUCUUCCACAAGGCCGAGAAAAGAGAUUUGUCCAAAGGGGAGGAGGGGGAAAGGUGUAAUUUAAGGGAGUUAACCCUGAAAAGACCCGAGGCUGAAAUGGACCACUCCCUUUUAUCAAAUUCAACUGAAACUUUUCUUGUUACAAGAACCCAAGCAGCUCUUGAAAAGAAAGCAUCUCCUCAUCUUUAAGCAAACGACGGAAGGAAAUCGACCAAGCGGCCAGUCGGCUGUCCCAAUGGUCAGCUACUGAACCAUUCGGAAACAAGGUAAUUCUGAAAAGACUUGGAAAUAAGGUACUGAAUGGAGUCACUCCUUCCCAAGGGUCUAAGCAAAACGUAAUCCGGUUGCCAUUUCCAAGCUUGAAAGUGGCCAAUGACUCAACUUUUAGCCAAGACUUCGAAAUACUGACCCAUGGGCUUCUCAAACUUCUGCCCCUUUUACCUGCCGUGUGCCAAUUAAAAGAAUCUGAUCCAUGUAUGCUUCUGAUAACUUGGCCCCAAAAAGAACCUUCCUCAUUAAAAUAUCUCCAGCCCCAUUUAGCAAGGAGUGCUAAAUUCAUAUUUUUGAACCACCAAGGCCGAGGCCUCCAUCUGCCAAAGGCUUUUGCACCGAAGCCCACUUCACCAGGUGAUUUAGCUUGCUGCCAUUGUGUCCUUCCCAAAAGAAGUUCCUUGUAAUCCUCUCCAACUUUGAUGCAACUCCUUCAAGCAAAAGGAAAAUGGACAUAUGAUGAGUUGGGAGAUUUGACAAGACUGACUUGCAUAAAGUGACUCUACCUCCUCUUGAUAGGUUGAAACGUUUCCAUUUGUCCAAUUUAGCUUGAAAAUUGUCCAAUACUGGUUGCCAAAAGGAUAGUUUUUUCGGGUACCCACCUAAAGGCAGCCCUAGGUAGGAGAAGGGAAGGUGGUCAGCCUUACAAUUCAAAGAUGCAACUGUGGAAAUCAGCUCGUUUUCAUCCACAUUAAUACCAUAAAUGGCUGAUUUUUCCCAAUUCACUUUCUGCCCCGAACACCAUUAAAAAAACUCCACAGUUUGCUUGAGUUUUGCAAGCAUGGUGCUGUCAUAUUUACAAAAUAAUAGAGUAUCGUCCGCAAUUGGAGGAUGGAAAUCUGAAUUUUGUCUUUGCCAACCACAAAACCUUCAAUAAGACCGGCUUGAAUGAGCUUGUUCACCAAAGCAUUUAAUACUUCACUAACAAGAAGGAAAAGGAAUGGUGGGAGGGGAUCACCUUGCCUUAUACCUCUUGUGGCAGCCACCCUUCCCCUUGGUCGACCAUUGAUGAAGACUGAAAACAUGAGAUUUUUAACGCAUCCCAUAAUCCAUUCUAUCCAUUUCUGACUGAAAUUUUUGUUUUUCAACCCCUUUUCUAGGAACUCCCAAUAAACGCGGUCGAAAACCUUUUCCAAAUCAAGCUUGAGAAUCCACCCCUUCUUCUUUUUCACUCUAUAUUCCUCCACUCUAUAUUCCUCCACUGCUUCAUUAGCAAUAAGAAUGGGAUCCAAAAUUUUCCUUCCUUCAAUGAAGGCACUUUGGGAAGGAGCUAUAAUACUAGACAUUACCCAUUUUAGUCUUUCAGCCAGCAACUUUGCAAUGACCUUUAUAAAUCACGGUAGUUAAAUUAAUUGGUCUGAAAUCACUAAUCGCAACUGCUAUUUUCUUCUUUUGAAUUAGACAAAUGAAGUUUUCUUUUAUACAAGCGUUAAGUUUACCAUUCUUGUAGAAAUCUUCAAAGGUGGAGUGCAAGCUUCCCUUGAUCAGGUUCCAAAAUUUCAACAAAAACUCCAUAGUGAAGCCAUCGGGGCCAGGUGCUUUGCAUUUUCCAAGUUUUCUUACAGCAGCCUUUAUUUCUUCAAUUGAGAACUUAGCUUGUAAGGUCAAAUUCUAAUUUGAGUUGAUGCAUGGCCAGUCUAGGUUCAAAGGAAUGUGUCUUAUCCCCGGGGAUUUAAGGAAAAUGCUGCUAUAGAAAUUCAGGAUUAAGCCUUCAAUCUCUCUAAAAGAUUUCGUUGGCACCCCUUGAUCAUCUAUUAGUUUAGAAAUAAAGUUUCUUCUCUUAUUUGCUGCUAGGAAUUUUUGGAAGAAGCUUGUGUUUUCAUCUCCCAACUUGAGCCAAUUCAACUUACUUUUCUGAAUUAGGUUAACUUCCUCCAGCCUAUAAAGAGACAUUAAAUCUGAUUUCAGAGUGGAUCUAAUUGCCAUUUCACUGCUAGAAAGGGUAGAACAAUCAGCAAGAGCAUCCCAUUUUUCAAUUUCUUCUAACAACCCCUCCUCUUUCCUUCUUUGAGCUUCUUGGAAUUUCGAAUGCCACUCCUUGACUGCUGUCUUUACCUUUUUCAGCUUUUGAUUAAGGGCAAAACCAGCCCAACCCUGAGCUUCACUACUUAACCAAGUUGUCUCAAUGAGUUUGACACAUUCCUUAUUGAGCAGCCAGCUGUUACAAAAUCUAAAAGGGGAUGGACCCCAGCUGAAAGAACCGACUUCUAGUAAAAUUAGAUAGUGAUCAGAGAAGGUUCGGACUUGCCUAUUAGCUCUAGAGUUUUCAAACAGCUCGUCCCAUGCUUUAGAGAUGAAAAAGCGAUCUAAUAAAGAUCUUGAAGCUGAAACCCCUUCCCUAGACCAAGUAAAGUUGCCAUUUCCCAACCGGACCUCCAAAAGAUUGGCUUGGUCUAUGAAGUUAUUAAAUUUCCUCAUUCCUUUAGUGCUUCUGCCCAAAGGAAAUCUCUCGUGAGCCCAUCUUGUAAUAUUGAAGUCUCCCUCGAUACACCAAGCUUCAUCACAAUAAAAUGAGAGAGAUAGGAGUUAUGGCCAAACAAAUUUUCUUUCUUUGUAGUCAUUUGGCCCAUGAACAUUAGUGAUCCAACAAGUCUUUUUACAAGCAGUGAUGCAUUUUACUGAUAAAGAAUACCCUCCUUUCAAGGUUUCAACCACAGAAAUCAAACUCUUAUCCUAUAACGUCAGUAAACCACCUGAAGUGCCAUAUGAUUCCACAAAUUCCCAACCUAUUUCUUUGGAGCUCCAGAGGGAUUUGAUGAAGCUUGCUUCAAAACUCUCUUUCUUUGAUUCUUGAAUUAAAACUACUGCUAGAUUAUGUUUCUUUAGAAAUCGCUUGAGAGCCAACCUUUUAUUAGCAUCUUUUAGGCCUCUCGUAUUCCAUGUCACAAUUUUCAUAAUUAUGAGCCUAAAUUUUUGGUUGUAGCCUCAGCAGCCAACUGUUAAUCCAGAAUAAGACUGCAAUCAGUGACUAUGGACUUCAGAUGGGCUGGAAGAUCGCACGGAAUGGCUGGAGAGAUGGAGCCGACAACUAAAGCUUCUGAAGACUUUUCAUCCUCUGUCUGGAACAGGGGAUUUAAGUCAGAUAAAAGGGGGGCUUCUUUCCUUGACUCCUCUGUAAUUCCCUCUGAAAUAUUCCAAUCAACUUCUUCACUGCUCACAUUAAAGGGAGAAUCAAUGAGGGCAUCCCCUUUUUCUUUUGAAUAUGCACCCGAGGAAGAGCUUGGUGAGCCUCUCAGAAAAGUAAACUCUGAAUUAGGCAAGGAAAAAACAGAGUGUUCAAAGAGAGGAGGGAGAGAAGGAAGGGGGGCUGACUUGAUACUUUGGGACAGACCUUGGACUGAAUUGCAUCGAGCUUCUAGCAAAUCCGGAUUUUGAUCAGUCACUGUCUUUACUCUGAGGCAGGACUUCUUGAAAGAAUCCUUCACUUGCUUUCUUCUAAUGAAACACUUUGGGAAGGAUUUAAAGAGGCAAGGGGAUGUCUUGCUUUGGAGUGUCAUUUAGCCACAAAUUUGCUAGGUCUUAGGCACUGAUUUACUGAGACAACUUUUAGGAUAGAGCCAAAUUUUUAUGGAAAUAGGGGAAGAGGGCUUAAUUAGGAUAGAGCAGGAGAGGAGUGGAGCAGACUUAGGUGACGAUUGGGCUUCCUUGGUGUUUGGGGUAAGUAAAAAUGCCUGCCGAGAAUUAAAAUUAGACUUUCCCGUGCCGCAUAGUCUUAAGGGCUUCUCAUUUUUUUGUACAAACGGUUGUUCAACUUCAAAAGGUAUAAUGCCGGCUGAAUUACCUCCUUCCUCCAUCUCUCUUUUCUUAAUUACUCGGGGCGCCUUUUCAUAUUUUUCAUAAAAGAUCUGUGACUUUUCACCUUCUUCCACAGGGGACACUUUACCUUUUGAUGCCUGUUCGACUUAUUCAGCUAAAAAAGAAGAAUGAGUGGCUGAUUUGUCUGUGUAACUUUCCAGAGAAGGUGACUUUUCACAUUCCUCAGCAAAACUUGCAUCUCUUUUCAGGGUUUGUGGCUUCAAGAUAGACUUUUUAGAGGUCGGAUUUGGGUUUCUUGAGAAACUCGGCUUGGAUUGAGAGGAGACAAGGAAGGACUAUUCUGAAAUAUCCAUAUGGAAAUUGACACCUUCAUCCUUAAUAACUUGAUUCAACCGAACUAAGUUAAUUGGAUUAGAAAAAUCCUUAAAGAAUAAAUUCCCAAAAGACUUGGAGGGAGCAUCUAAACAUUCAAUGUCACCAAAAUUUAAGUAGAAAUUGUCACGAUUUUCAUCCUUAAUCUCAAUAGUUGUCGGCAUGAAACCACUGAGGUUUCGUCUAACUUGAAAUUUGGCUUCUAAACAAUUAGUGAGGUUAAGAGUUUCUGAAGCUAUCGAUUCCAGUCCCCCAAAAUAAGCACCUAUGGCUUCAAACGUGUUUCUGCACCAAUAGUUCAGUGGAAGAUUCUUGAUUGAUAACCAACCCCCAAAUCCUUUCAUUACUAAGGGUCUGCCAUGCCUUGACGGAUUCCAUUUUUCGAACAUCAAAUGAUAAGAACCAAAUAACUGCCACUUGCCCAGGUAUAUAACCAGAUCAUUCAGAUCACCAUUACUGACCUUAAUUAAAACUUUAUCUACGAACAGGGGAUUUAUAGUGACAAUGGAGUUGAAGGCCUCACUUAGCUCUUUUGCAAUUUCCUUCCGAUCGUUAAAAACCAGGAGUCUUAAGAUGAUCCAUAAGCUACUAAAGUCUUCUUUGAAUACUUCAUGAUCCUUUUGAAUCCAAAAGGAGUUCUUGCUCUAUUUUACCAACACCUGAACAGGGGACUUCUGAUGCGAAUCGACAUUAAACUUUGGGGGCUUAGAAACCAAAUGAGGGAGCUCCUUUCUCCCUUUUAACACCUCUGAAUAACUUCUUUCUUGAUGACCCAAGAGGGGGGCGCUGAUCGAGAGUUAUUGACCUAAACUAACUCAUAAGGGAGUUUAAAGGAGGAAGAACUUACUUGUUGGACAGGGGGCUCUUUGAAGAUGUGUAUGCUGGCUUCAAUCAUGUCCUUGAAUUCUUGCCAUCCAGAUUUGUCAUCACCAUACGGAAUGUGGAUGUUCUUUCUUCCCCCUGAGGCUGGCCACACUGUACACUCUACAAACCACUUAUCUUUAGCUCGAAAUUUGGCUAAACGAUGAAACUCUGGUCUACUCUUUCCUUUAGUAAAAAGAAUUCAAAUGUUGGGCCAAACAGAAGUCUUCUAAAGCUUUCUUUAAGCCAAGGGUUGAGGCCAUAGAAAGGAACAUGGUUUGGCCUCUUUUCAAAUCUUCCACGAGGAACCCGAGUCCCUCUUGCCACAUACAGAAAAAGUGAUCAAGAAUGCUACAGCUUUUGAUCUCCAUGGCAGAGAAGCGCACAAACACAGAGCAAAGAAGGCCGAGGGAAGGAAAACUGCCGGAGAGUGAAAGAGAGGAGGGAAGCAGGAGGGAAAGGGACGCGGUUAAGGUGAGGAGACAUGGUGAGUUCCGGUGGGAUGGGAAGAGGAGGGGGUGGGAGGCUGAGUUGGGACGGGAGGGGAGAGACAUUUUUUUGUUGACUUAAUGCAUAAUGUUGGAUGAUGUAUUUUUCCCCUGCUACUUCUUCUCACUAAUGCAAGCUCCGGUCAAGGCUAUUAACAAUGUGGAGAAGAUCAUUAGAGACUUUGUUUAGGAUGGUGGCUCCUUUAGACCGACCUCUCAUCUUGUCAAUUGGAAUUGGGCUUCUCUCCCUACUAUUUAUGGUCUUGGGAUUGGCUCUUUUUGCCAAAAAAAAAAAAAACACCACCCUUUUGAUGAAAUGGCUUUGGAGAUUCUGUCACGAGCAAAAUGCUCUUUGGAGACGUGUUAUUGCUGCUAUUUAUGGUCUUGAUGAUUGUGGUUGGUUAAAUAAGCCUUCUAAGAAGGGUAGAAAGUAUCGCCUAUGGGCUGGAAUUCUAAGGCACAAAGAGCAGUUUAUUAACUUUACAGAUUUUAUUUUGGGGGAUGGCAAAACUUUUAGCUUUUGGGAGGAUAGAUGGUGCAACUCUCAACCCCUUGCUCUCAAGUUCCCUAAUAUAUACUCUAUUUCUUACAAAAAGGAGGCUACAGUGGCUGAUUGUUGGUGUGAAUCGAAUCAAUCCUGGGACUUGGGGCUAAGAAGGAAUAUCUUUGAUAGAGAAAUGGACGACAUGGUUGCGCUUUUGCAAAUUCUUCACUCGUGGAAGCCACAAGGGAACAGUGAUAGCCUUAAGUAGAAGUUAGAUGCCUCUGGGAAGUUUACUACUAAAACUACUUUGUUAAACAUUAUGCAGCAGCCCUCCCACACCACCUUUCCUCUUGUUAAUGUAGUUUGGAGGCUGAAAAUUCCCAAAGAAGUUAGUUUUUUUCUUUUGGUCUCUUGCAUAGAGAAGCCUAAAUACUCAUGACAACUUACAGAGGAAACUUAAAAACAGAUAUCCAUCUCCUUCUAUUUGCUGCCUUUGCUUGAAAGAUGAGGAGACUCUGGACCAUUUAUUCUUGCUUUGUGAUUUUGCCUAUAAGGGUUGGUCUAACCUGUUCAGCAUCUUUAUGUUGAGGAGCGGUCUCCCGAACAAGAUAGAUGAAUGGUUCUUGGAAGGGCUUGACAGCUCUGCUUUCAACGGAAAAGGAAAAGUUCUCUGGAGAUGUGCCUCUUGGUCUCUCUUGUGGUGUCUUUGGAAAGAAAGAAAUAGUAGAAUUGUUUAAGAUAAGUUUGCUUCUUUUGAUUCUUUUUAGGCUUUUGUUCAGCAUACAGCCUCUUGGUGGUGCACGAAUUACAUGAAAUUCUUUUGUAAUACAGCCAUUUGGUGAUUUUUAACACUUGGAAGGCUCUCUUGUAUUAGUCUUCUGGGGAGGGGUCCUUAGGCUGUGCCUUUCUCUUUGAUGAAAUAUAUCUGUCUAUUUUUUAUAAAAAAAAUGGUGGAUGAUGUAUUUAUCUAAAGUUGAUGAUCACUGUGCUCUCCUAUAAUUUAUUGUUCACUCCAUAGCUUAUAUCAUAUGUAUGCAAUCAUGGUUUUUGAUCCCAAUGGAUGC